AUGGCCGCCCUCCCGCGCUUUACCCUCAUCUUCUACGCGCCCACCUCCGCCGUCGCAGCUUGUAAAUCCGCUAUAUUUGGCGCGGGCGCGGGCCGCUACCCCGGCCCGGGGAACUACACGGAGUGCAGCUGGUCGACCCUCGGCACGGGCCAGUUCCGUCCCGGCGACGCCGCGAACCCGCACCUCGGCUCCGUCGGCGUCCUCGAGGAGAUCCCCGAGGUCCGCGUCGAGACCCUGUGCGUCGGCGAGGACGUCGUCAGGCGCGCCGUGAAGGCGCUGAAGGGCAUAGCCAUAUCCGAAGCAACUCCGCUGACCAAGAAAUCUCCUUUUCCUAGCGCUCAUCCCUACGAAGAACCCGCCUACCACGUCAUCAAGUUAGAGAAUUACUGA